CUCUUCCCAUUUUUCUUCCUUGUAAGAUUAAAGCUCUUCAAUUCUUAUGUCUUCACUUUCGUUCUUCGUUCUCCUUUAUCUUUCUUUGCAUGCAUGCAAUGCUCGCCGUCUAGGGUUUUUCGCUCAAGAGAUCGGCGACCGUGUCGAUUUUCUUGCCAGUAAGGAUGCCAAUAAGCUGAAAGCUCAUACGUUAGAGACGGAGCCUGCAAUCUCAAAGAAACUACAAACAGUACAAGUUGGGGCAAAAUCUGUGAAGCAAGCACUUUUGAGCCCUUUUCUUCAGGAAAAAGAAGAUGUUGCAAAUCCAAUUUCAGCAGGAUAUGGAAUUAUCAGUUCUUCUCGGGUUGAUUUGCAAAACGUGGAAAAAGCAGAGGGAUUAAAGAGAGCAAAAGCAAGAUUGAUGUUGGGAGCUGGGGUUGAGGAAGCUCUGGAUUGCAAGGAAAAGGAUAACGUUGGGGACAUUGAUGUAAUGGAUUAUGCACAACCCCAUCGGAAACCUCCUAUUCAUAAUCAAAAUAUAAAACAUUAA